AUGUCCGACAAACCGGUGCCAGUAUGGGUUUACGUAAUCUUCCGGAGAAACCCGAGCAGCGGACACGACAAGAUCAAUGUGAACGAGAGCGGCGACGGCCCCGUCUUCUGGAACAGACGGGUAAUCUACGUUUUCUGUUGUUCAUGCCAUUUCGACAAACAUGAGGUGAGUAUUCGAAUAUUGGGACUUAUCUUAAGAUAAUAGAAACUGCACUUCAGGAAAGCAGAAAUCAUGAAUAAACAAAAAUGGGGCGAGCACAUUGUUUAUGCAUAUUUAAUGUUUAGAACACACAACCGGCUCAUGUUUAUUAGGAAAUCCGGGACUUCUGGGCUCCUUGGGGAUCUCUGGGUAAAGAUUUAUGCACCAAAAAGAAACCAGAAAAUCGGCUCCCGGAAUCGAAAUGCCAUGUCAGACUUUGUUUUUUGUCAUGGUCUAUAAAAAAUUAAAUUCGACAAUUCAUCAUUCAGCCAUAGACAAUAAGAUCAAUAAAUAAAAAAAUGAAAUUCAUGUCAGUAAAAUCUAAAUAAAGAUUCAUUUUCAGCCAAAGUUGAGACAAAUUUUGGAAAAUUCGGCGCCAAGGGUGGAACGAGUAUGCCUAGUAGAUCGACCGGUCGAUUAUCCUUUCAUUCCCGACAGUUUCUUUACUUUUAUGUGUACAAAAUUAAGUAAUCUUCAGGUAGGAGUGCGUUCUAAACAUCUAUAUUGUAUUAGUUUGUUUAUUUGAGGGAAUUGGACUUGGAGAAGGUAAACCGGGCGACAGUGGCCAUCUUAUCAAAACACAAAAACCUCAAGAAGCUUAUCGUUCAUGGAUGUAGAAACUAUGAUGUCUUUCAAGAUUUUCACGGGCUGCCCCAACUACUGGUUGUCAAAGGCGAAAUCCUGGGACUCAAGGUAAUCGUAUUCGAUAUGAAAUAAAAUAUAUUUUAGGCCAUGAUUGGAGAUGUGGACAUUGACAGCAAGAGUGGAUCUCUGGAUCAAUCAAGUUCGUCAUACAGCGGAUCUCAACUGAGUAGUGAUGAGCAUCAGAAACUGCGCUCCUCUCCCGGUCCGAUUGCUGUGAACAGCGACUGA